GGUGCCAAGGCUUUAGCUCUUUCCUUGGUGGCUGAUAGCUCUGUCCUCACGUUAGACCUGGGCGACAACUGGCUGCAGGGAGAAGGGGCGGCUGCAAUUGCCGAGAUGCUGAAGGAAAACUGCUACAUUUCAGCUGUUGACUUAUCUGACAACAAAUUGGGUGUUGAAGGAGCCAAGGCCUUUUCGGCUAUGCUUCUAGAGAAUACUACGAUUGUAUCCCUCCAGCUCUCAGGAAAUGAAUUUGAUGAUCACGCAGCAAAGUAUUUAGCAGAUGCCAUCACAGCAAACAGCAAAGUAGAAAUUCUGGAUCUGAGUUACAACAUGUUUGGUGACAAAGCAGGUGAAAUUCUUGGGACAGCAAUAGCAGAAAACAUUGGAUUAAAGGAACUUAAAAUCAGCUGGAACCAUUUCUGUAGCCAAGGGGCAGCUGCCUUGGCCAGAGGCUUGGGGGCAAACGUCUUCCUCAAAGUGCUGGAUGUUUCCUACAAUGGCUUUGGCAACAGUGGAGCAGCUGCCCUGGGGGAGGCUCUUAAAGCCAACAACGUGCUGGAAGAGCUCAACGUCAGCAACAGCCGUAUUUCAGUGGAAGGAGCUCUGCACGUUGCCGCUGGCCUGAAAGGAAACAAGACUCUGAGAAGACUUAAUAUGACCAGAAAUCCCAUGCAGAGUGAAGGCUGCUGUGAGGUCCUCAAAGCUCUACGGGCAAAUCCUGGCACUGGCAUGGAGAACCUGGACCUGCCAGGAAGGAGUGGGUACGCCGUUGUUGGCAUCUCAGAGGAGAAGCACGGUGCUUACCUCAUCUUCUGGCUGGAUCCACAGGAGGAGGAGGGGAGGAUGGCAGGGGAUAAUGAGAGGAUUACUUACAGCCAGCCUUAA